AUGCUCCCCAGGAAAUUCUACAAAGACAAUCGCAAAAUCCCACUGGGAUUUAUGCUUUUGACCACGACACUGUUUUUAUACUAUCUAAGCCUUCACAAAGAAACCGUGAGCAAUUUCGACAUUCCCUCUGAACAACAUUACUCCAGAACAGACGACUCGUCUGCAACGGACGGAUUGCUACAAGCAUUGCAAGAGCAACAGAAAAUUCAAACCGAAGAACAUUAUGCAGAAUCAGAUCAUCAGCCAGGAGUCCCAUCUCAUCAGCCGUCUCAUAGCUCUUCUCCUCCGGCCUAUACGGCUCCAAACCCCGACUAUGGCUCGCAGGGAGCACUCAAAACAAGCGAGGUCGCGCUCUUAUUGAAGACAGGUGCUUCAUUAGUAUGGAAACGGCUACCGAUUCAUUUAUUGACAAGCCUUGCGCCGGAACGCAUUGCGGCAGAGAACACAAUUAUAUACUCGGAUGUCCCAGAUGUGAUUGGCUCUUAUCAACUGGUUGACGUCCUUGCAAAUACCAGCUCACGAACUGUCCUCAGGUCUCCCGAUUUCCAGCCGUACCUGCUCCAAGAAGAUUUUGACGAGAAGCAAGGCUGGAUUGAGGGCGAUAUUGCAGGUCCCAUCGGUGGUUGGAAAUUGGACAAAUACAAAUUCUUACCACUCAUCAACCAUGCCGGACAGAGUCAGCCAGAUGCGAAAUGGUACAUAUAUAUGGAAGAUGACGCUUUCAUAUUUCUUCCAAACUUAUUGCAGCACCUUGCCACUUUUGAUUGGAAGGAUGCAUGGUACAUUGGCAGCUUAGCAGUCAAACACGGUGAGAUUUUCGCACAUGGGGGCGCUGGAUUUGCUUUGUCAAGAGGCGCCUGGGAAAAGACCUUCGGCACUGACAAGGACAUUAUCGAAAAAUAUGAAAAUUUCACAGAAGCUCAUGGAUGUGGGGAUCAUGUCCUUGGUCACGUCUUGAAGGACCAUGGGGUGAGCUUUGGCGAGACGCACGAAGCAGAGCAGUUUACCUUCGGUUUCAAUCCAGAGUCCUAUUGGAAUAUGUGGUACGGAAAGGCAAACUGGUGUAAACCGAUAUUUAGCAUGCAUCACAUGCAUUUGAAGGAUAUUUCAAGAUCCUACAAUGUGGAGAAGGCUUGGGACUUUGCUAAGAACGGCCUUAUGCGGUAUCGCGAUAUAUAUCACUCAUUCAUUGCACCAGUCACUAGACGGCGCAUUGAAUGGUGGGAUAACAGAUCUUCUAGCCACGCCAUAUCCUCAUCUGAAGCGAAAGCCGGUGAGAACAUGUGGAUUCCCGAAUCGGUUAACCCCAGAGAUUCCUGGCUGAAGAGUUGGGAGUCCGUAGAUGACUGCGAGGAAGCUUGUCUAGCGUGGCCCGAGUGUGUGCAGUGGAGUUUCUAUGAGGAUCUCUGUAAAAUGAGUGACCGUGUUGUCUUGGGAACAGGUUACACGUCGACGGACCCAAGGAGACUCACAGCAUUAAAGACAACUAGUGGCUGGGUUUCAAAACGGGUCGAGCAAUGGGCCUGUGGUAACUGA